GCGCGCGUAUUUAAAAAAUGGUUGCCAGGGCGCUAAAGUUUGUUGAAUCAAUGGCUAGAUUUUUGGGUAUUAAGUUUUAGACAUGUCGUGCAUCUGCUUGGGUCCCAAGCGUGCGGGCAAAACGCAUCUGCUCAAGGCACUACAAGAGCCAGACUCCAUAGACGAGACGAGCUAUUCCAUGCCCACCAUCGGCACUGGAAUCUAUCGCAUACAUUUUCCCGAGAAGUCUCCCAAUGGCGACAAACCGCGUCCGCCAGCUGAUGCAGCUGCCGCUCAAGCAGCACCACCUUGCGGCAAGCAUGCGCCAAAGUUUAUACAAAUUCUAGAGAUUGGAGGCAGCAUGGCGCCGCUUUGGCGACAGAGUCAAUACUUUGAGGACGUGAAGAAGCUCAUCUAUGUGGUGGAUGCAUCCAAUCUCUGCCAGAUCUCAGCAGCGGGCGUGCUCUUCUACUCGAUUCUGACGGAACCGCGAUUGCAAAAAGUGAAAAUACUGCUUGUGCUGACCAAGAUGGAUUAUUCGUAUCGCCAGAUGCGCAACGAGGCGCUGCUCAUGCUGCAAAUGUCCAAGCUGCAGAAGCAGAUACGCCAACAACUGACAAUCGCAGAAGCCAGCGCAGUCACCAAGGUGGGAUUGGACACCAUUUACGAGUGGCUGAAGCGACCAUGAGAUGAGGUUGGGGAUUA